AUAUAAGGAGAAUAAAAGCAAAGAAAGCUGCCAACUUACAAACAACAUAUCUUCUUUAUUAUCUUAGAGAAAUGGAAAAGAAAAAUGUUGAGAUAAAGAUGGGAGAAUCAGUAGAAAUUGAUGAGCAAAAAUGGGUUUAUGACUCUUCAGUUGAUUACAAAGGAAGAGUUCCUCUCAGAGCUUCAACUGGUGGCUGGAAAGCCUCUUUCUUGAUUAUUGCAAUUGAAUUCAGUGAAAGGCUGAGUUACUUUGGAAUAGCCACAAGUUUGAUUAUAUACCUAACUAAGGUUAUUCAUCAAGACCUAAAAACAGCAGCAAAAAGUGUGAAUUACUGGACAGGUGUCACCACUUUGAUGCCAUUACUAGGAGGGUUUGUUGCUGAUGCAUACUUGGGCAGAUUUUACACAGUUCUUGCCUCGACCACUGUCUAUCUCAUGGGCUUGCUUCUGUUGACAAUGUCUAGUGUGGUACCAAGCUUGAAACCUUGUGGAAGUGACAUCUGUCAAGAACCUAGAAAAAUCCAUGUAGUGAUCUUUUUCUUUGCUAUCUACUUAAUCUCAAUUGGAACAGGAGGGCACAAGCCUUCUUUGGAAAGCUUUGGAGCUGAUCAAUUUGAUGAUGAUUAUCCUAAAGAAAGAAGAAAGAAAAUGUCUUUCUUCAAUUGGUGGAGUUUUGGACUUUGCUCUGGUGUUUUACUUGGUGUCACACUUAUUGUUUAUGUACAAGAUCAUGUUAGUUGGGGUAUAGCAGAUUUGAUCCUUACAUUAGUUAUGGCUUCUAGUCUAGUCAUCUUCUGUGUAGGCAGGCCAUUCUAUCGUUAUCGAAAAGUCACUGAAAGUCCCUUAACUACAAUGCUACAAGUUAUUGUUGCUGCAACUAGAAAAAGAAAUCUUCCACAUCCUUCUAAUCCUGCUUAUUUACAUGAAACUCAAAAGUCAGAAGCUAAUCGAAGGAGGCUAUGUCAUACCAAAAGCCUCAAGUUUCUUGACAAAGCUGCAGUCUUUGAUGAGACACAAGAUACAAUAGUGCAAAAGCAGAAUCCAUGGAAACUUUCAACUGUAACCAAAGUGGAGGAACUGAAACUACUUAUCAACAUGACACCAAUUUGGCUAACCACUUUACCAUUUGGUAUUUGUAUAGCACAAGCUUCAACAUUUUUCAUCAAACAAGGCGUGACACUUAACCGAAAGAUCACUCACAAUUUUGAUAUUCCACCAGCUUCAAUGUAUGGCAUUGGAGCUAUUGGCAUGAUAGUAACUGUCACUAUCUACGACAAAAUCCUCGUACCUAUCUUAAGAAAGGCAACAAGAAAUGAGAGAGGCAUCAGUAUUCUUCAAAGAAUCGGUAUUGGAAUGAUGUUCUCGAUUAUAACUAUGAUCAUUGCAGCUUUGGUUGAACGAAAGAGACUAAGAAUUGUUGAGAAAAAUCUACUUGAGGGUUCAAUUUCAAUGAGUGUGUUUUGGUUAGCACCUCAGUUUUUUCUCGUUGGUAUAGGAGAUGGAUUCGCGCUAGUGGGAUUGCAAGAGUACUUCUAUGAUCAAGUACCUGAUACAAUGAGAAGUUUAGGCAUUGCAUUUUACCUUAGUGUAGUUGGUGCAGCAAAUUUCCUAAGCAGCAUGUUGAUCACAAUUGUGGAUCAUAUCACAGAAAAAAGUGGUAAGAGUUGGUUUGGAAAGGAUCUGAAUAGCAGCAGACUGGACUACUUCUACUUGUUGUUAGCUACUAUAACAGCAGCGAGCUUGUGCAUCUAUGUCUUUGUUGCAAGGAGCUAUUCCUACAAGAAUGUACAAAGCAAGAGAACUGCGGAUGUGGCUAAUUGCCAAGAUGGGGAUGAUCGCGAAGCAAUGGCUUAGAAAUUUGAUCUCUAGUACAUUAGUAGUACUAGUAUUGAAUAAGUGAAGUUGUCAAGCUGAGAAAGCAAAGUUACCAUGUAUCAUAUUUUGAUAACUUAGAAGCAACAAAACUCCUUUCUUAGAAGUUUAAUCCUAGUACAUUUACUAAAUUAA